AACCCACCAAACACUUUUGAAGAAAAAACACACGCCUUCGCCCCACUCACCACCACCAGUCCACAUCUCUCGCCGCCGCCGUCUCAUUCCCCUCGAUCCAAACAAAACCCCAAUUCCGCCGCCGCCUCUCAUUCACCACCGUCUCUGCCCGCCGCGUACCGGACGGCCAUGGAAGCCCUCUGCGUAACUCUGCCGGAAUCCGCCUCUCCCGCCACGGCAGAGCACCUUAUCGUCAUCGACGACUGCCCUUCCUCUCCUCCGGUGCCCGAAAACACUGGCACCGAAACUCAGAGCAUUUCCUCUGCUGCCGAUGAAGGCAAAGGCGGAGACGCGGCGGUUGCCGGAGAUCGGAGGAAGGUGCUGCUGGAGGAGCUUUGUCGAAACGUGGUGAAGCUUCCGUUCGAGUCGAUCGCGGAUGGUGGAAUUUGCGAGGUAUCCGCCUCUCCCGCCAUGGCAGAGCACUUUAUCAGCAUCGACGGCCCUGCCUCUCCUCUGCUACCCGAAAACACUAGCACCAAAAUUCAGAGCAUUUCUUCUGCUGCGAAUGAAGACAGAGGCGGCGACAUGGUGGCGGAUGCCGGAGAUCGGAGGAAGGUGCCGCCGGAGGGGCUUUUUCCAAACGUGGUGAAGCUUUCGUGCGCGUCGACUGCGGAAGGGGGGAUUUGCGAGGUUUAUUUGAUUGGAACGGCUCAUGUUUCUGAGGAAUCAUGCCGAGAAGUUCAAGCUGUAAUCAGGUUUUUACAACCACAGGUUGUUUUCCUGGAACUAUGCCGCAGUCGUGAGGCUCUACUUUUUCCUCAGAAUUUAAAGGUACCAACCAGGAGAGAUAUGGUCGAUAUGUGGAAGGCACAGCACAAUAUAUUUGAAAUCCUGUACAGCUGGUUUCUGGCCAAGGUUGCCAGCAAGCUUGAGGUUUUCCCUGGUUCUGAGUUUCGGGUGGCAUAUGAAGAAGCAUGCAACUAUGGUGGCAUGGUGAAAUUUGGUGAUCGCCCGGUACAAAUAACUCUACGAAGGACAUGGGAAAAAAUGCCACUUUGGCAUAAGGCAAAAUUGCUUUAUUUUUUGGUUUUCCACACAUUCUUUUUACCAAGCUCUGAAGUUCUCAAUAAAAAGCUGAAGGAAAUGGAUGAUAUUGAUAUGAUGACUCUUGAGAAUCAAGAAAUGAGCAAGCAAUUCCCCACCCUGAUGGAAACUCUUGUACAUGAGCGAGAUCAGUACAUGUCAGCCACUUUAUUAAGAGUUGCUGGUAAGUACAAUUCAGUUGUUGCAGUCGUCGGAAAGGGGCACCUGCAGGGGAUUAAGAAAUACUGGAAGCAACCUGUCGAGUUGAAGCACCUUCUGCAUGUAGAUAUGUGUUCACGGAAGCCUGUAAUUUCAGCUGUGAAGCUCCUCGCAACUGUUGGAGUUGCAGUUGCUGGCAUUUAUAUAUCAACCAAGAAAUACUCCUCGGAAUGAGGAAGGUGGUAACUCGAUUUUGUUUCUGAAUGAAAACUGUGCUGAUAUAAAUCUAAGUUUUACAAUGGAAAACAUCUUAGUGGCCUC